AGGUAAUUAAUCUCUACGCCUCUCUCUCUGCAAUUACUCCUUGAGAGCAUCUCUCUCUAGAAUACUGAGUAUUGCUGACUUGAGCGUCGGAGUGUUUUUCCCGAGGAAACAACCUCGGGAUUUUCAGGUGUAGAAGCAGUUGAAGACUUCAACAGUGUUGGGUCGUGAAGUUGCCGAAACAUUGGCGCCGUCUGUGGGAACUCGAACAAAAAGCUAUGUGAUUUAACCGGCAGAAAGACAAAAUGGUUCGUACCUUUACAGGAGAAUGCCCCCCAAGAAAUGAAAUAGACGAACAGGAGGACGAUCACGUAUCUGAGGCCGGCUUGAAUGACUUUAGGCCGAUGCCAAGAAAUCUCUUUGUAGGAGGAGCCGAACAGGAUUACCUAAGUGAGACGGAUGAUGAAAGAACACCAACUGGGUAUGCAACCCAGCCUGAACAGUUCCAAGCUCCAACAGGAACGAGACAAAGAUCUGCCAGACCGAACAAUUCACAGCGUGAACGACCUGAAAGGUCAGCAGAACCUGCUCGGACAACCGAGCUCGAAGAGAGAACCAGAGUUCUCGAAAUGGCAAUGGGAAGAAUCCUUGCCCGCUUAAUCCCUGAUGACCCCCUAAUUCCUUUGUUGAACAGGGAUGCGCAACCAGCUGCGGUUGUAGCGACUAGAAACUCACCCGCUCUUAGCAAUAUAGUGGUGCCGACCAGGCCGAGGGGAAGUGGGAAGUUGAAUGUCGAGCCCAGCUCGUCCAAAUACAGUGAAGAAUUGAUGAGAAAGAACGCAGACCUUGAAAGGCAACUGCGGGAUGUACAGAAAUCCAUUGACGAGCUGAAAAGCCCUCGGUCGCAUCAGCAGACUUUGGAUUUGGAUAGCGCUCCGCUGAACCUAUCCAUCACGGCAGAACCAUACCAAGAGGGAUUCAAAAUUCCCCACUUAGAGACGUAUGAUGGCACGAAAGACCCGGAUGAACAUCUGCACACCUAUCAAGCCAUCAUGAGGAUUCAAAACGCCAAUGAUGCUAUGAUGUGCAAAGUAUUCCCGGCGACACUGAAAUCAACAGCCCGAAGAUGGUAUCACAAACUCCCCAGGCAUUCAAUAGAUUCGUUUUCCCAGCUCGCCAAGUUGUUCUCUAACAAAUUUGCAAGCCAAAGGGAGAUCAAGCGCACAGCAACUGAGCUGAUGCAAGUUAGCCAGAAGGAAGGGGAGUCUCUGAGGGAUUACAUGCAGCGGUUCAACAAAGCCACAUUGGACAUUGAUAAUGUCCCAGAUACAAUCUGCUUGUCUGCACUGUUACAUGGAUUGAGGCGUGGCCGGUUCCUAGACGACCUGCUUGAAAACCCACCGAGGACGUGGAACGAAGUGAAUGACAGGUCGGCCAGCUUCAUACUGUCAGAGGACUUUCAGUCGUCCAAGCGACGAGCUGAUGAUAAGCCGAGCAGAGGCCCGGAACAACAACCGAGAAGAGAAGAGAAAAAGAAGCAGAAGCACUGGGUUCGGAGACCUCCACCCCCACUACAUGAUUCCUCGAGGGCAGAUAAGACCAAGCAUUGUGACUACCACCGUGUAUAUGGUCACAAUACAGAGGACUGCCAACACUUGAAGGACGAGUUAGAGUUUUUGGCUCGUAAUGGGAAGCUGGAAGGGUAUGUUCAAAAGCCUCACACCCAACAACCCACUCAAACUCAUUUUGUACAGGCGUACGACCGACCUCAAGGACAGAGGUACCAGCAUGGAGGGACGCAGGAUGCAUAUCAGGAUAGUCUUUAUCCUUCUGAACAGGGCAGAGCAUACCGAGGACGUCCUUUCAACAGGAGAGGACAGGGACCGAGAACUACCGCCCCGAAUCAAAAAGACAGGAAGGGGGUAGGUUAUGCUGAAAUACCCCCACCUUCUGGUACAAUAAACAUGAUAUCGGGUGGUGUUCACUCAGGGGGCCAAAGCGCCCGAGCUCGCAAAGCGUAUGCCCGACAGGUGAUGACCGUUAACAAAGACAGACCCUUGAAACGGCCGUUUGAGGAGGCAGAAUGGGAAAAUACGCCCAUUACGUUCAGCCCGUCAGAUUACAAGCGAGCAGAAGGAGAGCCUGAUAUUAUGAUGCCUCAUGCAGAUCCCUUUGUAGCAACAGUUCAUAUAGGCAAUCAUAAUGUCAAUAAGGUGUUUAUUGACACCGGCAGUUCGCCAGACAUCCUGUACUGGGGUUGCUUCCAGAAGAUGCAGCUAAAUCCGAGCUCGCUGCAGAAGCACGAAGGCCCAAUAUACGGGUUCGAUAACCAGCCCGUCCCGGUUGAGGGAGUCAUUACUCUUCCUAUAUAUGUGGGCUCAGAACCGCGCUUUAGGAUGGCUUCUGUCACCUUCCUGGUCGUCAAGAUGGAAUCAGCCUUCAAUGCCAUACUGGGAAGAGCCACACUGUGCGAGCUGAAGGCUGUUGUCUCACAGCCCCAUCUCUGUAUGAAGUUCCCAACUCCUCAGGGGGUAGGAGUGCUGAAAGGAAAUCAGAAGAUGGCUAGAGCCUGCUAUCAAGACACGUUCAAGAAAGUUGAGCUCGUUGCAACCCCGGCGAGUGUUGAGGGUCGGAAGCCAACCCAGCUUGGUCAACAGACAAUGAGCAUAUCAGACAUUGAGCAUCGACCUGAAAGCGUCGAGCAGAAGGCAGAGCCAGUAGAGCCAGUAGAAACGGUGCCUUUGAACCCGGAUGUGCCAGAAAGGACAGUGAAGAUCGGCACUAAACUUACAGACGAAGAACGGGCAGAACUUCUGGAAUUCUUGAGGAAUAAUCAGGAUGUGUUUGCAUGGACUACGGACGAAAUGCCUGGCGUCCCAGCAGAAUUGACAACAUUGAAGUUCCCAUUAGCGAAAGUUGAAGGGUGUAGGCAGUUGAAGUGCAAGGGACCAAGGAUGGAGCUAACUCUGGUUCAACCUGAUGAUUGGCAUCUUCAUCUGCGCGAUGGUGAACUUCUUCUAGCUAUUGUCCCUCACAGGGCAAUUGUGAUUCCAAACUUGAAACCUCCAGUUACUACCACUGCUGCUGCUGUGACUCAUCGGGAAUCCAUUUUGAAAGCAUUGCCUACUGGUAGCAAUUUCAAUCCUCUAAUGACACUGUAUUUAACAGAUACAACAAGUCCUGAUGAGAUCAGGCUUGCAAGAAGUAGCAAGGUUGUUUUUGCUGUUAAGUUGUACCCUGCCGGUGCAACCACAAAUUCUCAAGAUGGUGUCACAGACCUAUUUGGAAAAUGUUUGCCUGUCCUUGAGCAGAUGGUUGAGCACAACAUGCCUUUGCUGGUUCAUGGGGAGGUUACAGAUCCCAGUGUUGAUGUUUUCAAUCGUGAGAAAGUGUUCAUCAACACUGUUUUGCAACCUUUAAUCCAAAGGCUUCCAAAGUUAAAAGUUGUGAUGGAGCAUAUCACCACUAUGGAUGCUGUUAGGUUUGUUGAGUCCUGUGAAGGAGGUAUACCUAAAUGGUAUAUUCCCAGAGGAGUUUACCAUUUAUCUGACAUUCUUUUCUUCUAUAGGUCUUAUCUGUAACCAUUUAACUUUCUUCCUUUCGGCCCCUUUAGUCUCACUAGUUCACUUCCUUAGGAUUUGUAGCUGCAACUGUUACUCCUCAACAUCUUCUGCUAAAUAGAAAUGCUCUCUUCCAAGGAGGACUGCAACCACACAACUACUGCCUUCCAGUGCUCAAAAGAGAAAUCCACAGACAGGCUAUUGUUUCAGCCGUGACCAGUGGAAGUAAAAGAUUUUUCCUUGGAACUGAUAGUGCUCCCCAUGAGAGACGAAGAAAAGAAUGUCCUUGUGGUUGUGCUGGCAUUUAUAAUGCCCCGGUUGCCUUAGCCUUAUAUGCAAAGGUCUUUGAAGAGGCGGGUGCACUUGACAAACUAGAGGCAUUUACAAGCCUUAAUGGUCCAGACUUCCAUGGUCUUCCAAGGAACACAUCAAAGAUUAAAUUGAGCAAGACUUCAUGGAAAGUUCCAGAGUCUUUCUCAUUUUCAUUCGGUGAUAUCAUUCCUAUGUUUGCAGGUGAAACACUAGAGUGGCAAGCAUCCUUCUCGUAACUUGUAAGUCAGUUUUUACGAGCAGAUUAUAAUUUCAAAUUGUUUCUGAUCAUUAAUGUGCCUGCGUGGUAUGUUUAUUGCUGACAGUGUGAACUUGUAUUGUUUUCAAACGAGAGUUGAAGCAAACAAACUUUUGUUACUUUU